CGUGUCGGGACACAGUGAAGCGGUGGGCGCCAUAUUGGAGUAAAACUAUUGUUAUAAAGAGAGGGACGGGGCUGCUGCUGGCUGAGUUUAUGUUUUCUACUGUUGCGGUCUGAGAUAUUAGGUAUUUUCUACGAAGGGACAUGAGAGAAAUGUCAGCAACCAGUAACAAUAUGCUUAGCGGGCAGCAGCCUCAGAAACAUUAUGGGAUUACAUCCUCGAUCAGCCUGGCCUUUCCCAGAGAGAUUGACCGCCUGUACACUCAGAAGCUCAUAGAGGCCAUGAAACCUUUUGGAGUGUUUGAGGAUGAGGAUGAGCUUAAUCACAGGCUUGCUGUUCUUGGAAAGCUGAAUUCAUUUGUGAAAGAGUGGAUCUCAGAGAUCAGUGAAACAAAGAAUCUGCCUCCUUCAGCUUUAAUGAAUGUUGGAGGCAAAAUCUUUACCUUUGGAUCUUACAGACUGGGGGUGCACACAAAAGGUGCGGAUAUAGAUGCUCUUUGUGUAGCACCUCGUCAUGUUGAGAGGAGUGACUUUUUCUCAUCUUUCUUUGAAAAAUUGAAACAGCACGAUGAGAUCAGGGACCUUCGGGCUGUGGAAGAUGCGUUUGUACCAGUGAUCAAAUUUAAAUUUGAUGGUAUUGAGAUUGAUCUGCUUUUUGCAAGACUUGCCCUGCAGUCUAUUCCUGAUAACCUGGACCUGAGAGGAGACUCUCUGCUUAGAAACCUGGACAUUAGGUGUAUUCGGAGUCUAAACGGUUGCCGUGUGACUGACGAGAUCCUGCACUUGGUUCCUGAUAAAGAAAACUUCCGACUGACUUUGAGAGCCAUCAAACUGUGGGCUAAGAGUCGUGGAAUCUACUCCAACAUGCUUGGCUUCCUAGGUGGUGUGUCCUGGGCCAUGCUGGUGGCUAGAACUUGCCAGCUUUACCCGAAUGCAGUGGCUGCCACCCUUGUGCACAAGUUCUUCCUUGUCUUUUCCAAAUGGGAGUGGCCCAACCCUGUGCUUUUAAAACAGCCUGAAGACAGCAACUUGAAUCUGCCUGUCUGGGACCCGCGAGUGAACCCCUCAGACAGGUACCAUUUAAUGCCAAUCAUCACACCAGCAUACCCCCAGCAGAACUCCACAUACAAUGUCUCCACCUCCACACGUACCAUCAUGAGCGAGGAAUUCAAAUAUGGUUUGUAUUGGGAGAAUGCUUUAAUGAAUUUACAUACACAUACUUGUAGUAAUUAUUGUUAUACAUCUUGCCCUCCUUCAGGCCUUACAAUUACAGAUGAAAUCCUUCAGGGUAAGGCGGACUGGUCCAAGUUGUUUGAGCCACCGAACUUCUUCCAGAAGUACAAACAUUAUAUCGUCCUCACUGCCAGUGCAUCCACUGAGGAGAACCACUUGGAAUGGGUUGGGUUGGUGGAGUCGAAGAUCAGAGUUCUUGUAGGGAAUUUGGAGCGCAAUGAAUACAUCACUCUUGCGCAUGUAAACCCUCAGUCGUUCCCCUGGUCAAAAGAGAACCGCAACGAGAAUGAAUUUGUCUCGAUGUGGUUUAUUGGAAUCAACUUCAAAAAACUGGAGAAUGCUGAUUGUGUGAACAUUGACCUGACUUAUGACAUCCAGUCCUUUACAGACACUGUCUACAGGCAGGCCAGCAACAUCAACAUGUUGAAGGAUGGGAUGACCAUCGAAGCUACACAUGUGAAGAAGAAGCAGCUGCACCAGUACCUUCCUGCUGAACUGGUGCACAAGAGCAAGAAGAAGAGCCUUGGAGAUCUAAACCGCAGUUCGAGUGGUGGGGGUUCAAAACGCUGUUCGCUGGAUGGCAGUCAGCUUGAUAGUUCCAGAGAUACAGAUUCAGGCACCCCCUUCAGCUCCCCCACCCCAGUCUGUAAACCGUGCAACUCUGUGUCCACCCCUGAGGAAAGCAUUACUCCUUCCAAGCCUCCAGUGCCAUUAUAUGUGGAUACCUCCCCAGCCUGUGAAUCUUCUCCAAAGGAGGAGCAGGGAUUGUCCAUACCAGUCAUUGGAGCCAGUGAUGCAAAACCUUCAGUCACACUGGUGGCCACAGAAGCACCGGUAGGCAGCACUAUUCCCACGGUGGUUGGUCGAAACAUCAUUCCGCGUAUGAGCCCACCUGACCUGCCCAAUGGCCUGAAUGGAGCUGCCCCUAAGAGACCCCACUCACCCUCUCUGGAGGAGCCUCCUAAGAAACUCAAAGACACAGAGCAGAUGCUGUCAGAUGAUUCUGCAUUUAAAGAACCAUACCCACCUACCAGUAAUGGGCUGGAUCAAGGAGAUGACCAAGCAGCAGAGCUUCAUUCAACGACAAAGCCUAUGCCUAUUCCAACUAUUGAUACAUCAAGGACACAGAGACUGCCCAGUAAGGAGCUGCCAGAUGCCUCUUCCCCAGUUCCCACAAGCAACCUUCGCGUAAUAAAGAACUCAAUCAGACUGACUCUCAACCGGUAGCGGUGAGCUCUCUACAGGUAAUGCCGAUUGUCACAGCCACUGCAGGAUUAAUUUACUCUCAUUCUGACAGUUGUAUGCACAGAGCCUGACUACUGUGGCCAGCAAGAGUGUUUUUAAAUUCUGGCUGCCCUUUCGGGUGCAUCUAAUCUGCAAUGACCUUGUAAAACAAUAUCAAUGUAAAGUAUGAGACCUUUUUUUUUUCUUCUCUUUUCUUUUUUUUAAGCCUUAAUGUGUCAAAAUGCUUGCAAAGAGAAAACUGUUCUGAAAGUGUUUUGAAACGUAACUUGUAUAGUAGAUGUAGUUUGUAUAUAAUGUCUUUAAAAUCAUUGUUCGUCUUUCUAUACCAUUCUAAAGUAGUUUUUACUAACGAAAAAAGUGAAAAAAAAAAUACCUUUUUGUUCCUGUUAAAGAGAAUCCCCAUUGUUUUGUCAAAGUGUUUUUGUCCUCAGUCUUUUGUUGUCCAUAUACUGAUUCUAAAAGGGGUUUAAGGAGGCCAGGCCGGGGGGCAGUCUAGUGGGCCUGCAUUGUCAUAACCAUGACCCAUUUACUGAUAUCAACCUCCUGAUUCAUAACAGGUGUAUCUACCCUGCCUGUCACAAAGUAUGAGGGCUGCCAUUGGGUAUAAUCUGAUCUAUAGGGCUGGGAUUAUUGAACAGGUCAUUAUUAGGCUUGUGUUUUUGCUGAAAUGGUUUAUAGCUUUGCUGAAUGACCUCAGAGUGUGUGUGUGCACGUGUGUGAAUGAGUGACAGAUUUAUUCCCUGAGUUUAGGGCUUCACCCCUGCGCCUCCCAUGGAGGUUUUUGGAUUUUUGGUUUUGGCAGAUCUUAAUUUCAGUGAGAACAAAUGGAGACGAAUUGAGAAAUGUUGCAUUUUCCUUUUUUUUCCCCAUUCACAUUUCCAUAAACCACUGUUCUGCCCCACAGGUGUACAGAGAAGCAUUGAUAUGUAUUUAAAAAGAGGCUUACUAUUCAUUUUUUUGGGGUUCCUUAACCUUUUAUUUAUAUUUGCUUAUUUGUACCAUAUAACUUUUAUAUCGCAGGCAUUGCAGUUGGGAGUUUUUCAGAAUGUCAUUUUCACUGCUCAGUUUUGAAAAUUCUUGUUUAUAUUCUUGCUUUAGAUUAACUACUGUAUAUCUGUACACAUUAUAUAGUAGUGUAAACACACCAAUCUUUUCCUUUUUUUUUUUUUUCUUUCGUUUUUUUCUUAGGGCAAAAAGUUGUAUUUCAAAACGUAUUUUUGUAUGUAAUGUAUUCUGCCUCCUUUAAACUGAGACCAUAAAAUUUCACAAAACCCCA